UACCAAAGACUUUUUUCAUGAGUUUGUGGAAGCACUUCCGUGCAGUUUCUCUCUGUCUCUUCCUGCUGAUCUUUCCAGCGUACAUGGCUUAUAUGAUCUGCCAGUUCUUCCACAUGGACUUCUGGCUUCUCAUCAUCAUCUCCUCCUCAAUCCUCACCUCUCUCCAGGUUGCGGUGUGCGUGGUGUGCUAUGGUGUAUCAGAGACUGUAUUUGGCGAGUGGAGUGUGAUGGGAAGCACCAUCAUCUUGGUCCACUCGUACUAUAACGUCUGGCUCAGAGCCCAGCUGGGCUGGCAGAGCUUCCUGCUCAGGAGAGAUGCUGUAAACAAGAUAAAAAGCCUCCCUACAGCUAGCAAUACACAGCUGGAGCAGUACAUCUCUCUUAUUACCUUUUAGUCGCAUUGGUUGAUGUGUUAAAUGUGCUAUAAAAACUCAAUUUGACUUUGACAUUUCUCAUUUGAAGAGUCUGUUUGUUUAUUUUGAUCGUUUCUGUACAGCUGACCAGAGUUGGUUUCACCCGAGGUCGUUAACUAAAACAACAAUUUGUUCAAAAGACAAAUUUUUGUGAGAUUUAACAAAGUAAAAGGUUUGAUUAUUCAAUUCUCUGUUAAUUCAACUCAGUGUUUACAGCAGUAAAAUAAUUUCUUUUAUUUCCACAGUAGCUUUCCUGGAGAGAUCUGCAGUACUUACCUGCCUAAUGCUCUCAGCCACCUUGGAUGGACAAGACUGCCAAAUGCCUCAGUGUGCUAGUGAAGCGCAGCUGUUUCUUCUAAGCCCGAUUUGAAAAAAAGAUUUAAAAUUGGUUUU